AAACCUAGCCCUGAACACUUCCUGCUUCCCUCUCGGUCAGAUGGCGACGACGACCCUGCAGGUCUGUCGUGGGUGCCCUCGUCGCCGUCCAGCAAAGACGUGGCGUCGCCCUCGCAGUUGCCCGAUGGCUGCUGCGACCUCGGCAUGGCCACCGGCGGGGAAGAAGAGGGAGGCACGGGUCUGCCGUACCCCUGCCAGUUCUGUGACAAGUCCUUCAGCCGUCUGAGCUACCUGAAGCGCCACGAGCAGAUCCACAGCGACAAGCUGCCUUUCAAGUGCACCUUCUGCAGCCGCCUGUUCAAACACAAGAGGAGCAGAGACCGACACGUUAAACUCCACACGGGAGACAAGAAGUACAGCUGUCAAGAGUGUGAAGCCGCGUUCUCCCGCUCCGAUCACCUGAAGAUCCAUCUCAAGACGCACAGCUCCAGCAAACCUUUCAAGUGCAGCGUGUGCAAGCGUGGCUUCUCCUCCACCUCGUCACUGCAGAGCCACAUGCAGGCUCACCGCAAAAACAGAGAGCAUCUCGCGUUGCGGAGUGAGAGGGAUGAAGGGAAGAAGGGAGGAGGAGGAGAUGGCGACCUGGACCAGGACCUGUAUAUGUGUGACUACUGCGAGGAGACGUUCAGCCAAACCGACGAGCUGGAGAAACACGUCCUGACCCGACACCCGCAGCUGUCCGACAGAGCCGACCUGCAGUGCAUCCACUGUCCCGAGAUCUUUCUGGACGAGGCGUCUCUGCUCACGCAUAUUGAAACGCAGCACGCCAACCGCAAACACAAAUGUCCAGUGUGUUCAGAACAGUUCCCUUCUGUGGAGGACGUCUACUGUCACCUCGACAGCCAUCGCCAGCCCGACUCCUCCAAUCACAGUGCAGCCAGCCCCGACCCUGCGCUGGGAAGUGUGGCCUCCAUGAGCUCAGCGACGCCAGAUUCCAGCGCCAGCCUGGAGCGAGGCUCCACGCCCGACUCCACGCUAAAACCCAGCCAGGGCAGCGAGCGAGGCCGCAGAAGAGGCACCGACCCCGGGGAGGAGAUUGGGAUAAGCCUGGGUCAUCAAGGUGGAGCAGGAGGAGGCAGCUGGGGUAAAGUGACGUCCUCCUGCCCGUACUGCUCAAAGAGAGACUUCCACAGUCUGGCAGUGUUGGAGAUCCAUCUGAAGACCAUCCACGCAGAUAAGCCGCAGCAGAGCCACACGUGUCAGCUCUGUCUGGAAACUCUGCCAACGCUCUAUAAUCUCAACGAACACGUGCGCAAGGCGCACCGCGCCAGUGGCGGAAGCGUCGGUACGACGGCAUCGGCGGCGUUUCCGCUGCUACAGUUCACGAACGUCACAGCUUUCCACUGCAACUACUGUCCGGACAUGUUCGGAGACAUCAACUCUCUGCAGGAGCACAUCAGAGUCACCCACUGCCUGCCCGGUGGCUUAGUGGCAGGAUCCACUACAUUAGAGGGGAACCAUGCCUUCUUCUGCAACCAGUGUUCCAUGGGAUUCCUGACAGAGUCCUCGCUGACGGAACACAUCCAGCAGACGCACUGCCCCUCGGCCACCGGGGGCGGGGCCGCCUCUGGAGGGGGCGUGACCAAACUGGAGUCUCCCGUACUACAGGCCGCCUCUCAGUCGUUCAUGGAGGUUUACUCGUGCCCUUACUGCACCAAUUCUCCUAUCUUCGGCUCACUCCUCAAGCUCACCAAACACAUAAAGGAGAACCACAAGAACAUCCCGCUGGCCAACAACAAGCGGCAGGCGAAGGUCGCCGACUUGAGCCCAGCCUCCUCCGACGUGGAGAUCUCCUCCCCGAAACGCCACAGACUCGGAGGGGACUCCACCCCGUCCAUGGGCAGCAAUGGGGACUACCCGUGCAACCAGUGUGACCUGCGAUUCUCCAGCUUUGAAAGCUUCCAGGCGCACCUGAAGUCCCACCUGGAGAUGCUGCUCAGGCGCCAGUCCUGCCCGCAGUGCAACAAAGAGGACUUUGAGUCGCAGGAGGCAUUGCUCCAACACCUGACGGUGCACUACACCACCACGUCGACGCAGUACGUGUGCGAGAGCUGCGACAAGCAGUUCUCCUCGGUGGAUGACCUGCAGAAACACCUGCUGGACAUGCACACGUUUGUCCUGUAUCACUGCACUCUGUGCCAGGAGGUGUUUGACUCUAAAGUCUCCAUACAGGUGCAUUUGGCGGUGAAGCAUAGCAAUGAGAAGAAGCUGUUUCGCUGCACAGCCUGUGCCUGGGACUUCAGGAAAGAGGCAGAUCUUCAGCUCCAUGUUAAACAUAACCACCUGGGCCAGAGGGCAGGCCUCCCGGGGGGACUUGGAGCAGGCCUCAAGCCCCGAAAGUGCAUCUUCUGCGGCGAGACGUUUGGAACUGAGGUGGAACUCCAGUGUCACAUCACCACGCACAGCAAGAAGUUCACGUGCCGCUUCUGCGGCAAAGCUUUCCACGCCAUCUCACUGUUAGAGCGCCACCUGAGGGAGAAGCACUGCAUCUUCGACGGCGGCAACAUCACAGGCAACGGCGGAGGCACGGGGAGCAGCAGCAGCCAGAACGGGACGCCCAACGGCCUCGCGCAGUCCUCCAAGCGCGGCGGGGGAGGAGUCGGCGGCGGUAACGGAGGAGCGGGAGGUGUUGAGAGGGUGACGGUGGCGGCCGCUGAGCAGGCCGACCUGCAGAACAUGGUGCUGAAGGGUGGAGUUGUGGGAGGAGGAGGGAACCAGGGAGGAGACACGGUCAACAGUCAUGAGGCGAGCGGCGGCGAGGAGGAGCUGGACAAUUCCGAGCCCAUGUACGCUUGCGACAUCUGCGGAGCGGCCUACACGAUGGAGUCGCUUCUGCAGAACCACAGACUGCGUGACCACAACAUCCGACCUGGAGAAGACGAUGCUGGUUCUCGAAAGAAGAAGGCCGACUUCAUCAAAGGGAACCACAAGUGCAACGUUUGCUCCAGAACGUUCUUCUCUGAGAACGGACUUCGCGAACACGCCCAGACACACCGAGGUCCCGCAAAACACUACAUGUGUCCCAUAUGUGGCGAGCGUUUCCCCUCCCUGCUGACCCUCACUGAACACAAGGUGACCCACAGUAAGAGUCUGGAUACAGGAACCUGUCGAAUCUGUAAAAUGCCCCUGCAGAGUGAGGAGGAGUUUAUAGAGCACUGCCAGAUGCACCCUGACCUCCGAAACUCCCUCACCGGCUUCCGCUGCGUCGUCUGCAUGCAGACCGUCACCUCCACCCUGGAGCUGAAGAUCCACGGCACCUUCCACAUGCAGAAGCUUUCCACUGGUUCUGGACUUGUCGGUGGAGGAGGUGGGAACGGUAUAGGAGGAGGGGGAGGAGGAGGAGGAGGAGGGGGAGGGGGGAAUGGCUCAGCCUCUUCAUCCCCUAACGGUCAGCUGCAGCAGCAUAAGCUGUAUAAAUGCGCCUUCUGCCUCAAGGAGUUCAAGAACAAAGGGGAGCUGGUGAAGCUGGACGUCAACGGUCUGCCUUAUGGUCUCUGUGCCAGCUGCAUGAGCAGGGGCACGAACGGCCAGAGUCCGAACCAGGGAGGAGGAGCAGCCACGCCGGGGGACGUGCAGGGUGAAAAGGCCACGGUCGGCCUGAGGUGUCCGGAGUGCGGGGUGAAGUUUGAAACCUUGGAAGACCUGGAGAGUCACGUCCAGACGGAUCACCCCGAGGUCAGCCCCGAAACCAGCGCAGCGGGAAAGAAAGCCGAGGGUUCGCUCGCACCGAAGAAAAAGACCUACCAGUGUAUUAAAUGCCAAAUGACGUUUGAGACGGAGCGAGAGAUCCAGAUCCAUGUCGCCAAUCACAUGAUCGAGGAGCCCACCUGUCGGCAAG